CAGUUACGUAGAUGGUCGUGGAGGAGUGGACAUAGCGGGAUACAGAUGCAGAGCAAGAAAAUUGGAGGUUGCGGAACUUAUUACGUAUUUGCUUCAUUGAGUCUGAGCAUUGUGGACUGAAUGAAGUGAUUGAUCCGAUCACAUUCCACCUCUAUUUAUUUGUUAUACCGCCUGUAGCGGGUAGUCCGGACCUGUGUAAUCACCUUCUUUGCUCUAUUCCCUCCAAGCAGCUUAUCGUAUUGCAGUAUGGGACUCCUUCCGACCCAAAAGUCUUUUUUCCCCAUUAACUCUCUGGACUCAUUGGUCAGUCUCUUUCAGUGGGAGCUGUCACGCCCCGAACCUGACUUGGCCCUGCUGUCUCUUACCUUAGGAUUUGUUGAGCACUUCCUAGCAGUCAAUCGUGUAGUACCCACUAAUGUGGCCUCCCUACCAGAUACAGGCCCCGCUUUAUUAGCUAAGAUAGGUGGCGAAGGAGCAAAGGUAAACAGAAAAACUUCCGUUAAACAGGGGAAGAACGAGAGUAUAAAUUUAGAGCAGGAGAAGAGGGAAACAAGGGGAGACUUAUCAAGGAAGGGCAGCUCAGGAGGGAACACCAAUCAAGAAGGGGAAUUAACUUCUGUUAAAGUGACAUCCUCAACCAAGGAGAAUAGCAAAAGUGCAGGUGGAAGAGAAAGUUCAGAAGGAAGGAAAGACCAGGAUGAAGGAAAUGAAGAGAGUGCCAAUAAAAAUCUAAAUUCCAGGCCAGUGCAGAAAAAGGAGGGUAAAGGGCCUAUGAAAGAGAGCCCAUCAAAUGGGACUCCUAAAGCAGAAUCGGCCCGGUCUGGAAUUCCAUAUUUUCCUGCACUGGAGUUGUCCGUUGCGCAAGCGCUUCAUGCCCGCUUCACAGCCCAGACUCGCGGAGCAGUGGAUCUGUCUUGUUACCCCAGAGAAGACGCUGUGUCUGGAAGGGAACUGAUCCGUAGGGUGUCCGACGUUAUCUGGAAUGGUCUGAGUCGUUCUUAUUUUAAAGACAGAGCCCAUAUACAAUCACUCUUUAGUUUUGUAACAGGUACAAAAUUGGACUCGCCUGGGGUGGCUUUUGCAGUGGUGGCUGCCUGUCAGGUUCUGGGACUUUCUGAUGUACAUCUAGCUUUAUCAGAGGACCAUGCAUGGGUUGUGUUUGGUAAAGAUGGAGAGCAGACCGCUGAAGUCACUUGGCAUGGAAAAGGAAACGAGGACAGAAGGGGGCAGUCUGUAAGCUCUGGUGUCUUGGAAAAGAGCUGGCUUUAUUUAAAUGGUCGAUACUUGCGUUGUGACCGCCACAUGGAGGUAGCUUUCAUGGUUUGUGCCAUAAAUCCUUCAAUUGAUGCUCACACAGACAGUCUGGAGUUGCUGCAGUUGCAGCAGAAGUUGCUGUGGGUAUUGUAUGAUGGAGGACAUUUGGAAAAAUAUCCAAUGGCCCUGGGUAAUUUGGCAGAUCUCGAAGAUUUGGCUGCAACCAGUGGACGUCCCAAGCCUCUGGAAAUCUAUUAUAAGGCUGUUUCCUCUUCCUGUUUGCACUUUGAGAAUCAGCACUUAUAUCCCCACAUUUAUUUGGCUGCUUAUCACUGCCGGAAUAAAGACGUUCGAGAGGCACUAAAAGCCUGGGCUGAGACUUCUGCAGUUGUCCAAAGUUACAAUUAUUGCCGUGAAGAUGAAGAGAUAUAUAAAGAUCUGUUUGAUAUAGCCAAUGAUUUGUUACCCAAUCUUUUGAAGGAGGAAGCCAUGUCACCUGAUGGUCCAUCUGGUUCGGCCCUUCAAGAUCCUCUGUGCUUUGCAAACCUCCUGCGUUUCUAUGAUGGAAUCUGUAAAUGGGAAGAAGACAGUCCAACCCCUGUCCUGCAUGUUGGAUGGGCAACUUUCUUAGUGCAGUCUCUGGGAAGAUUUGAUGCUCAGGUUAGGCAGCAGGUAACGUUAUUGAGCUUGGAUUCUUCAAAUGAGGAUGAUGAUUCUGAAGACUCCAGAAGAAGGGGUCCCCGUCGAGAGUCUAAAACUGAAGAGUCCACCCAGCUGUCUUCACACAAUGGACCUCCUCAGAAAGGAGAAGAAUCAGAAUAUGAACAAUUGCUCACACUUACAUUCCAAAGCCAGAAAAUGAAAGGGAUGAAGGAGUUGUUAGUGGCUGCAAAAGUGAACUCUAGUGCCAUUAAAUUGCAACUUACUGCUCAGUCACAAGUACAGCCAAAAAGAGCUCGAGGGUCUGGUGCAAGAGAUUAUAAUCUGGGCUAUUUAAAAAGACAGCGAAAAGGGGUGUAAAAAGAUCUAAGAAUGCUUAUCCAAAAAGGGCACACAAUAGAAAUAUUUAGAGUUUUAUUUUUUUUACUUUUUUUUUCAUUAUGACAAAAUAAAUAUUUUAAUUUCAGUGAUAA